UCAAACCAUCAAGGGGGUCAAGGGGGUCCGGCACUUCCUUCCCCACGCAUCUCUUCACCUCUUCAUCCUCCCCAACCUCUUCCUCUUGAUCACCACCCGUUGAACAUUCGGCUCGUUCCUACCCCGAUCUUCUCCUCGCUUGCGCAUCGGCUACUCCAGUCGCCUCGACAAGUACGGCGACCUCGCGCAGCAUACAGACACUAUCCCAGGCUUCAGCCAGUCUGUCUGUCUGUCGGAGAUCAUCGGCUCCAAAGGUCACAACGAAUCAUCAAUCUCUCCACCAUAGGCUCAACUUCGUGACCCGCUCUUGCUCUCGAUGCCUGUCGGGCCUUCGACGCCCCGGGAGAGAGACAAGAGGCCGAGGAGCAUUAGUCCCUCGGAUCGGGCUUUGCCCUCCAGCGCUUACCGGCGGCAUCAUGCUGAUGGGUCAAUAGGGCGUGACGAGGGUGUUCGGCAGCGACCAUGGGAAGACGAAGAGGUUGAUGAGCUCGCAGAACACGAUCCGCUUCGAACGGAUAGCGCUGCUGAGACAUCGGCAGCAGUCAGUAGCGCCAGUCCUCGGACUUACCGAGCAGAACCCGCAUCAUCUCCUGGCCUUACCAAGAUCAAGUCUGCUGCUAGGGCGAGAGUCCUACCUCCCCCACCGCCCCAAACUUCGAGGUACGAUCCGAUCUCCGCUGAGUCGUCGAGCCGCUAUCAGCAAUCUCAGCCAAUGUCAGCCUCAGCGUCCUCUCCUAUCUCACAUCGGGCCGAGCCCCAGGAUGGCUCUUGGCGGCUUCCCAUGGACCAUGGACGUGACGGACUGGUACAGUCGGGUAGCAGUAAAGGCUUGCUUCCUCAUUCGCCUCUUCAGGGCUCUGAAGAACGGGAGUCGCAAUCUAUUGCACGAGAGACUUCAGCGCAGAGCUCUCGGUAUCCUCGUCCUUUGUCCUCUCGACCAGAGAUGACGGGACACCAGCCUCUCCAUCCGGAUUCGUUCAGAAUGCGCGAAGCCAGCGCCAGCAGAGGCAGCAUUUCGAGGCCAGGAUUGGGAGAUAGCUGGGCGAAUGAAGGCUCAAGCUAUCCAUUACUCAGAACAGCCUCAAUUGACAGCGGCUAUGCCGGGCAUUCUCGGGAUAGCUCAGGUCCAACGGCAGUUGACGCAACCUCUUCGAAAGAGUUGUACCGGCCUCCGCUUGCUGGCUUAGCAGGCUAUCCCUCUCCCCAUCCUCAGUCCGAUCACUACCAGUCUUAUGCCGGACCAAGCCCCGCAUCUCGAGAGCAAGAUCGGAGGUACAGCAUCCAGCGGUCUCACUCUUCCGGGUCAGGUCUCGGUGACGACGAUCUUACCGAUGCCAGCUCAGCUUCACCACCCGUUUCAACGCAUGCAAUGUUCCCUCCCAAUAGCAGUCGCUCAACACCAUCGAUGUCGCUUGCAUCGCACCGUCACGGCUCCAGCGGACGGAUGCUGCCUCCUCUUUCCAGUAUCACCAAUUCCCUGCAAGGAUACCCAAUACCCGCGUCCACUUUCUCAACGCCAUCCCAUUCAUCAUCAUCCGCUACAACAAUGAGCACUUCCACUAAGAAGAGAACUUGGGCCGAUCUUGCCGCCAGGGAGAGACAUGACAUCUUUCAAGGGACGCUGGAAAGAUUCAUGAUCCGUCGAACAGAGGCUGAAGCGGCUGCUCUGUCUAGUCCACCGCUUGCAUCCUCAUUGGCAUCCGAACAACGGCUUCGACACGCUCGCGAGGAAGCCGGUGAUGCAUACUUCGUCACCAUCAGCUGUACUCAUUCUGGCGUAGCGCAGAAGAGCUACGGACACGAGAAACGCUUCUUGUGUCCGCCUCCGAUUGUUAGGCUUAGAGGACCUGGAUACUCCACUGCGCCUCUGCUACCUGAAUCUGCACGGCACGUUCAUCUCAGGAUGAACAUCCUGCCCAUGGCGGACAGCAGCAGUCUUGCUGCCUCACUCACUGGAGCGGGUCUGCAUUCAGGAGGAAGCGGAGUCGUGUCUGAAGACAUCGUGCUAGAUCGCUCUCUGAACGCCAAGUUUGGUCAUCUACACGUAGGAGCAAGUACAAAGAGCGCAAAGACGUUUCAGCUGCAGCUACAACUCUUCGAGCCGGUGACUAAUCAGCAAGAGCAUUCUCAGCGGUCAUCUUCUUAUUCUGCUAGCAUCGGGCCUUCUCCCGCCAAGUCUCCGAGACUGUACAACGCAUCAGAGUCUUUCCCGACGCCCGGAACCUCCACUUCACCUGCAUAUGCCUCUCCUUCAUCCUCGUCGGGAUACUUUCACCCCGGCAACGUUGAUAUGUUGGGCGGACGACCUGCUUCGCGAUAUACGGCUUCCGGGACCACAUUGCCCAUGCAGCAAGACAUCGUAUUGGACUGCACCAGCGAUCCUAUCACUGUCAUUUCGAAGCCGUCUAAGAAGACUACUCGGGCAAAGACGUCGAGCACGCAGAUCACACCUGAGCUAGCCAUCUGUCUAUUCAACCGAGUCAAUAGUCAGAAUGUCCGGACGAGGUACAUGGCUGUGGACCAAGGGAAGCUAUCGGCUCGCAACGACUCAUGGACUACCUUCUAUAUGAGGCCUGUUGGUAGGACUCGAGUAGGACACGAGACUGUCAGUGACGCGGCGGCAGGUGAAGGUGCGGCAGUCACGUACGGAUCAAUCGUGGUGCUUGAGGUACCUGGUAUCGGGGUAGUGAGCGACGAGAUGAUAGUCUGCAAAGUGGAGAAGGGCAAGAUCAUCGUGCCUGCCAGUACAGGAUCAGCAACCUCGUCUUCUUCUUCUUCUUUGGGACAAGGACAAGAAGCAGGAGGGACGGAGGGUGGACCAAUCAGUCAGAUGCAAAAGGUCGCUUUCAUGAAGUAUGAGCCGGUGAAGGCCACGGGCAAAUCCACGCUUGCGCCACCGCCUUCUCACAGUCGAGACGAUCAGCGCUCCGCCUCUCCGGCUGCCCGAAUGUUCCUCUGCUCUGCUCCCGCCGAUCCUUGGUGGCGACCAAUGGGGGCGAGCGAAGGCGACUUUCCCGCCUCUGCACGGCCGCAACUGGCAACCCGGAUCUCUUCGGCAUCGUCUUCCCUCUCAACGUCGACCGCCACAUCAGAGUCCACGCCCAAUCUGAGUGUCCCUCCAGGAGGACAGUCAUCGUCUCAUGCAACUUCGCUACCUUCGCUUGGAAGUGAUGAGACGGAAAUGUCGUCGCCUCCUUCAGCACCACCGUCCUCCUCGCGCUUGCUGCCGCCCAAGUCGGUGCCGGCACGUUCGCCUUCGAUGGAGGCAGACAAUGCACUCUCUCGUCAGUCUAAAGGUGCGCCCUCUCCGCCUCCUACUGAAGGUCUGCGGGAGCUGAAAGGGAACGAUGACGGCGCAAGCUCAGCGCCAUCUUUCAACGCAGUCGUCAAGUCACCCAGCCCUUUGCCACCUGCUCCCCGGGUCGGUGGGCAAGAUGCACCGUCACCAGGGGCUGCAGUCACUGGUACUCAGUCUACCCCGACCUCGGUCUCGCGAACUCCCUUCAAUGUUAGCGAGAGCCUCGCACCAACACCGUUGACGUUCCUCCCAGCAGGAAAGGAGAAGGGAGUGCAAUCUCCUUCAUCUGCAGCCAACAAAGCUGGUGCGGGUAGUGGAUCAGGAGAGGAAAUGACGAUGGAUUCGGAGAGGGAGCAAGACGUUGCAGAUGACGCCUUUUGCUGGAGCAUCGUUGGUGCUGCCUCCUUCGAGUAUUCCUUCUGCCGAGUGGACAGUAGUCAACAAGAUGCUACGGAUGCGAACGAGGCAAGUAACGGUGGCGCAUCGGCUAGUGUCUCCAGGAGCGAGCAUCCCUACCACAGCGUCGCACCGUCGAUCCGAACGGCAUCCAGCGCCCAAUCGGGCACCCUGCGCACCCUUUCCACUCGCCCCUUCUACAUUCCCGAGACGCACGCACUGCAUCUACACGACAAGGAGGCCCUCUGGCACGGAAUGGCAAUCUGGCUAGGCAGUCUCGGACCGCUGCAGAGUGAAAUGGUCGCUUCACCCUUUGCUGGGCAGUACCAGUCGGCUCGACGCGAAGCUCCAGUCCUCUCGGUCAGACUACCACCCAUGCCUGAUCUCUUGAGGUACGGUGCUUCACUUGCAGAGAGGUCUGGUGAGCAACAGCAGGGCAGAGUGACUACACACUUGCCUACCUCCAGUACUGGCGCGAAGCCAAUUUCUACAGAGGACAAGAAGAAGACAGCCUCCUCCUCCUCGAGCGCACCUCCACCGCCUGCUUCCCUGCCUGUGCUGCUGGUAGGAGAGGCCAACGGGCUGAUUUGCAAGACGCCAUGGGCUCUACAACUUGUCAGGACAACGCAUGCUACCAAUACACGCCCGACGGCGACUCUCGGAAGGGACGCAUGGACGGUGCGGGUGGUAGCAGAGGUGUGAAGGAAGGCUCAAAGCCUGCAGCUCUCCCCCUUUGGUCUUCUUCACCUCUACAGACCAGCUUCUACAGCUGUCCUCCUCACCGGCCGAUUUGGGCAUCAAUCACUGGCUAGACUCUCUUCCCUCCUCCCCCUCCUCUCCACAUUUCUUCACCCUACCUUUCUACCUUAGCGAACCCUGCUAGACUGCAGUCCCGAUCUCUCAUCCAUUAGUCAGGGAUCUACCCGUCCCUCAUACAUACCAUGCUCCUAUAAUGCU